AUGUCCGUCGGAGUGUGCUGCUUUCAGACUGCCCUGCACUGGUGCAGCGGCACACAUUCGGGAAAGGUCCUCGCCCAGAGAGCCCGCCAUAUAUCGACCUCUCCUAUCGACUCCUCCGUUCGCCAGUUCGUAUAUGCGCUCGCUAAAUGGCAGCCAUGCUUUCCUGUGCACUCUUCCGCUGUUCAGAUCAUGAGCCAGCCCAAGGAGUUCUACCAAUGCUUACUGAGCAUGAUCCGCCGGGCUAAGCGACGGCUGUUCAUAUCCUCACUGUACAUCGGAUCUGAGGACCUUGAGUUGGUCAAUACUCUGCGCGCCUCCCUAGUCGCAAACCCUGCACUGCAAGUCUACAUGCAUCUCGACUACAACCGUUGCACGCGCCCAGAGCCUUUGUCGACCGCUAAUCUGCUGCUUCCAUUGCUCCAAGACUUUCCUGACCGCGUACAUGUCUGGCUUUUCCGAAGUCCCAAGCUCAAGGGUCUGAUGGCCAAGAUCAUGCCACCCCGCUUCAACGAGGGGUGGGGUGGGACCUGGCACGCGAAAAUCUACGGCGCGGAUGACGACGUACUAAUCUCCGGCGCGAAUCUGAAUACCUCCUACUUCACAAAUCGCCAGGACCGCUACAUCAGCUUCACUGGGCAGCCGGCGUUGGCUCAGUACUGCUUUUCCUUCCUGCAGCAGACUUCAACCUUCUCGUAUUCCCUUCUACCGUCAUCAUCGGACAAGGAUCAGUAUGUUCUGCAUUGGCCAGAUGAACAAACGCACCCGCACCACUUUGAGCCGAAAGCACAGAAAUUGCUCACGACUCUCCAAAAUGGCCAUAUAACGGAUGCUUCCAAAAGUAUCGAGACAGUUCUCAAUGAUUCCGAUGAGAAAGAGGCCGACAAGCCCGACGUGCUGGUGAUGCCGAUUAUCCAAGCCGGGCAGUUUGAUAUCCGAGAGGAGGAGCGUUGUCUCGGCUUGCUAUUCAAUCAAUUGUCCAAGGGUGAUUUCCCACCCUCAGCAACGUACUCUGGCCCUCUGAUGGACCUUACAAGCGGAUACUUCGGUUUGUACAAGCCCUAUCAAGACCUCAUCGUCCGUUCGCCUGUGGCAUGUCGGAUUGUGGCCGCUGGCCCGAAGGCCAACGGCUUCUACGGUUCUAAGGGUGUCUCGGGACGGAUACCGGAAGGUUACACUGUGCUUGAGCGGCGCUUCAUGAAGGCGGUCCGGGCUGCGAACCGUGAGUGGACAUACGAUGAAGGAGAGCAAGCCUCUGGCAGUGGUGUGCAGCUAAGCGAAUGGGAAAGAAAAGGAUGGACGUAUCACGCCAAAGGCAUUUGGCUCCGCCCGACGCCGCUAUCAAAUCCGGUCCUCACUAUCUUCGGCUCGACCAACCUAAACUCACGCUCUGCCAAUAUCGACACGGAGCUCUCGUUUGUCAUGGUGACGACCGCGCCCGCACUACAGGAACGUCUCGCGGAGGAAGUGGACAGGUUGCGUGCCCACGGUCAUGCCUGGCAGGGAGCGGAGCGGAGUGUGCGGCCGGGAUCGUGGGUGUUGGCGAGUGCAUUGUGCAAUCGCUUGUAGUGAAUAUAUGUACAUUAUUCUUUACAGCUGGCUCGUGUAGUUAUCUACUUAUAUCCACUACUCAGGUAUGCUCGAUUCCGUGAAUUCUGACG